AUGGAGGAUAUAUAUCAAUCAAUAUCAAUGAACAAGAGGCUUAAGAAGCUUGACAAAUUAGACAUGAUCGAGGAAAGAAUCAAGGGGAUGGAAAGCAACCUUAAAGACGUCAAGCACUUGGUUGAAUAUGCUCAUGGUGAAAUUGAGGAUAUGAAAAAUGCGAACAGCCAGAAAGAAAAAACUGAGAGAGAAACAAUGGGACGGCUCGAAAAACUCGAGCAGAAAAUAUUGCAUUACAAAACAGCAUUUUCAAAAGGCGAUAGUAGUAAACCGUGUCCUAUAGUGGUGAAAUUUAAUCGCUACCAGCAAAGAGAAGAUGUGAGAGUGAAUGCACAUAAAUUAAAGGGUACAAAGAUAGGUAUAUCUGAACAAUUUCCCAAAGAAAUUGCAAAUGUAAGGAAAAAGCCUUUACCCUGA